AUUUCAAAAUUUGACAUUUUAUAUUCGUACAUUUCAUGUUUAUAAACAUCAUAAUUAAACCAGUAAUUUGUAUAUGACAAAAAUACAGUAGAAGCUAUAAUACAACUAUAAAGUUGAUACAAAUACGAAUAAUCAAUAUAACGCGCAGGUAAAAGAACUGCUGCAUAAUGUCUCAGGAUGAAUUUACUCUCAUAGGCUCAGAUGCAAAUUUUAUAGCAAGGCAAAGGAAUACCUUUCUUGCAUUAUCUGAACUCGAAAAGAAAGCGAAUAGGCAAGAUCAAGAUCCUAUGGAAGUAGAUGAUCAGCUCGAAGGGAGAAGGCCAAAAAUUCCAAAAUCGCAAACCAAGGUUUUUAGAGGUAAAGAAAGUAUUUUCAAAACUCCUCAAGAUCCAGUGCCUAGAAAUUUUUUGAAGAAGUUGCCUGAUUUCAAGAAAAAUCCUCACAAAUGGACGAAAUAUUCACUGGAAGAUGUGAAAGAUGAGGAUAUAUCUGACAAAGCAAACACAAAAGCUGCAUUAUCAUUUCUGAAAGACUUGGAAACAAGAAAUAAGGCAGUCGAAAAAGACUCUGAUGAAGCUAAAGAUCAAAAAAUUAUAUUUCGUAGGCCAACUAGUACUUCUGUUUCAAAACAGGAAACAGAAGAUAAGCCUUCCUUUAAGAGCUCUAAGAUAAUAAUGCCUGAGUAUGUUGUUGGACAGAAAAUUAAAAAAGAUAGAAAAACUAAAAGCAUGAAAUCAAAUAAGGCUGACAAAAAUCUGAAACUAGAUCAUCUUUACCAAGAAGAUCAGGAUGAAUAGUGCAGUGUACAUAAUAUAUAAGUU